UUACAACUCAGCAGAUCUGAGCGCUCCCUCCUGCAGGCUGCGACCCCCCGACUCCGUGUCUCUCCGCGCGGCAGCAGAGCAGGUAGUGAAUCCACGGUACAAUGUCUUCAGACGGAAUGUCGGCAAAGGCCCUAAAGGUGAAAAAAGAGAUGGGUGAGAAUACACCAAUGCUGUCUGAUGAUGAGCUGAUGUCUAUGUCUGUGCGGGAGUUAAACCACCACUUGCGUGGCCUAUCCAAGGAGGAGGUGAUACGACUCAAGCAGCGAAGAAGAACCCUGAAGAAUCGGGGCUACGCUGCUAGUUGCAGAGUUAAGCGUGUUUCCCAGAAGGAGGAGUUGGAGAAGCAAAAGAAGGACCUGCAGCAAGAGGUGGACAAGUUGGCUCAGGAGAAUUCCACCAUAAAGCUGGAACUGGAUGCACUGCGGGCCAAGUACGAGGCUUUGCAAAACUUUGCUCACUCUGUGUCUCGAGGGCCCAUAACUCCAGCUAAAGUGGCCGCCACCAGCGUUAUCACCAUUGUCAAGUCCUCUGGAAACUCCUACUUCUAACAGAAGGAAUGUUGCUCUUGCUUCCCCUGUCCUAUCUCACCUCAUUAAUUGCUACAAAGCCAUGCACCAGAUCUUAGCCAUCUCAACCAUGAGUCACACAGGCGUUGGAAUGAGGCUAAUAAAGCUUCCUUGGUAAAGCCUUUUUCUGCCCAUAUCAACCAGCAUUCCUUUAGCCUGUGCAAAAAGGAUCUGUCCCAGAGUGCUUUACUUUACAGCUUGUCUAGGAUGUGGUUCUGGUUAUGCUUAUCCUGAAAACGAUGGGUUCUUAGUUUAAAACCUUAAUUCAUCAAUGCAAUGGAAGGUACCUUGAAGUGCACGAGGCUUGAUCCUGUCCUCCUACAUAUUUUGAAUAUUUUUUUGACAUGGGAAGCAGCGCCCUGCUUUUUCUUAUUGAUACAGAGUUAAGUUAUUGAAAUAAUUAUACAUUUUAUUUUGUAGUUAAAAGGUUACACUUUGUGUAUGGUGUAUGGCAUCCUUUGCUUUCGUUUUUUACCUACUCUGUACCACAUGCUGUGGUAAAAACUCUGAGACAAAUGUGAGCCCAGAAAGGCUCAACAUAUAUAAAUGGCGUGUGAAAUUGAGCUUGUGUUACUUAACAUUUCCAAUGGAGCCCAGAAGGAUUUGCCUUGUCAAAUCUAACCUUGUUUACACACGACAAAUAUUGAGGUUAUGAUGCAAAGAAAUGUGAGGAGAACGUGAUUCAAUUUAGAGAAAGGAAAUGGGAAGUUAAAGGUAUUUAUAUUGUGGCACACGUACACACAAACAUGGAAGAAGUUACAGGAACUGUUGUGCAGCCUGCUUCCACCAUGGAUAUUACACCAUGUGACUUAAAUCAAUCAAUUGGAUGUAAGGAUGAAAGUGAUGAAGGGAAUGGGUGGAGCCUGCAUAGUGAUAGAUACAGGCAAGCCAAGUGAGGCAUUAUAGCAUGUUGGGUUGUGCCUUGGGCAAGCUAAAUGUAAGAUGGAACAUUCCAUCAGGGCCGUUUUGUCACCUCAGACAAAGCUCCUGCAGGGGGCAGCAGAAAGUUCCCUGCAGAAAGAUUUACCCAGGCUGCUCCACACCAGGGGGGCCGGAAACAGUCCUAUGCACAAACUAGUUGUAAUAAGAGCUUAUUAAAUCCAUCAGAUUAUCAGAAUAAUUCAUAUAAUCAGUAGCACAAUAUAAAUGUGAUGUGAAUGCUCUGAAGUUUAACUUGAGUAUUCUCUCUCGGCUCAUUUCUGUAUAUUUAUUAAUUAAUUGUAAGAUGCAUGAGCCGAUAUAGCUUGCCUCACCACUGGAAGCUUACAUGGCACCCUCCAAUGGUCAAUACUCCAAUAUGCAGAGGACUCAUCAGUACUGCCAAUAAGAUAGGCCCCCCUGUAUUUGCAUAGAGAUGGCUCGUUGUUCAUUCUCACGCAUUGAAAGCAGGGGCAAUAAAAGAUAACACCUUUCUCUGAAUAGAGGAAUGCAAGGCGGCCAAUAGGCGUUGAGAAGGGGGAUCAGCUUCUCAUUACAACCUGAGGGAAUGCUGCAGCUCAGAGAGAACAAUAUAGGUUGAAAGAAAGUCAAAAUGAAGGUGAGGAAUGUGAAGAUUAAAUAGACGAGAGGAAUAAGGAAGCAUAACCAGUAGAUGCAGUAGCACUUUUAAUAGGAAAAUCUGCACUCCUUUUGGGCUACAAAUCAAAACAUACCGAUCAUGUUGGGACUGUUAAGUUUCACUUGCCAUUUAAUAUGCUAGGAUGUCUGCUGGCACUCACUGUUGCACAACUGCCAAUACUACUGUCUAACCAUUGUUCAGCAAUAUCAUCAUGUGUAUUGGCUUUAAUCAGGGACCUCUGUGCUGUUGUGGGACCUGAGGCAAAUGCUCCCUCUGCUCUGCCAGUGGGAGUUUUCAUUUACUAACAGGGGCACCCUUUGGCCAUGCUUGUUAUGAAGCCAGUGGCUCAGCAGCCCUUGUUGAACUACAAAGAAAAUAAUCAAGCUGUAUAACAAGCUCAUUUUCUCAAAGUGGCCAGUUAGGACAUACAGUAUGAUUUGUUCUGUGUUGUAAUUCACAGUUUUCUGUCCCUUCUUUUUCCUCUUAAUAUUUAUCCGUGCUUACGAAUCAGUUUGUCAAGACACAAGAUGGUCGCUCGGUAUCCUUUCAUCCUCCAUCCACCUCAAUAUUCCCAGCUCUUUCCAUCUGCUUUAUGUUCUUGCCAACAGAGAUGCCUCAUACAUCUCUAGCACCACAAAGGUUAACCUACCCUGGCAUUUGCUUUCUGGAGGAAAACCUUAUUUAUGUUUGAGAAGUUUAUUUUUUUCAGUAUAUUUAUAUAUUAUUUUUAUUAUAAAGAUUAUAGGGAAGAGGGUGGGAAAUGCAUAUGUUAAAUGUACGUUUGUUGGAAAUAAAAUGUGGAAAUGGCUGCUCUUGACACAAAUCCUGGCAAUGUUGGUUAUAUUUAGAACUAAGGGGCAGAUUUAUUAAACCUAUAAAAACAGUUGGAGGGGACUUAAAGGAUAAGAAAACCUUAGUGAAUGUAAAAUUGAUGAGGGUGCUAUUUUAAGAUAUUUUGCAAUGUGCAUUCGUUUUUUUUUUCAUUCCAAGAUAUUAAGGGAUACAUGUACUGUCAAUAAGAAUUUUCUUACAGCAGCGCCACCUGCUGGUCAAUUCCCGACCAGUCUGACCACCAAGUAGUCAAAGGAAGUUGUCAGGAGAAAUAAAGAGGCUGCUCUGAUGUUCUUCUGCUUAGGAAAAAAAAUUUGUAACCUUCUCACAUCUUUCCUGAAUAGAAGAAUAUCAGAGCAGCCUCUUUCUUUCAUAUUAACAGUACAUGUAUCCCUUAAUAUUUUAAAAUUAAAAAAAAAAAAAUGUAAAAUUGCUUAGAAUGGCACUCAUCAAUUUUACAUUUACUUAUUUUAAAGGUUUACUUAUCCUUUAAGGGUUAAGAUUUACAAAGCUGUUUUCUUAGCUGUAGCCUUUUGUUACAAAGCAGAAAAUAGUUAUUCAGUGCUUAAUCAUUUUGGAGGCUUUAAAAUUCUGCGGAUUUCAGUACUGCCACUGAGCUCUAACACCCACCAAGUCCAAGUGCUCAGGACAGUCAAUGACAUCCUGGUAAAUUGACACAUUGGUUAAAAAAAAAAUUAAAAGCAAUGAAUAUUUCAGAAAACAAAUUAAACUUCUAAGAAUUCCUCUGUAUUCCCCAGUUAAUAAAGCUGCCCCUUAGUGCGUUUGGUAUUCAGAACAUAAAAUUUGAUGUGAUUCAGCUCCAACAUUAUUAAAAAGAAAUGGUAUUUCCCAAAGAAGUAUAUCACCUUUGUUUAACUCGCCCACAUCUUCCAGAGAAAGUGGCUGGAAUUGUAUUUUUGCAGCCUUGUGUUGCAUUGGAGCCCUAAUUUGUCCGCUUCCCUCGAGAAGCCCAUCUCCAUAAUAUACACCUACACUGCUUGGUUUUGGGGUUUUAUCCGCCCUCUAGAAUGUGCUACACUUUCAGCCAUUAUCAAUUACUGUUUGGUGUAGGCAGUAUGGAAAAAAUGCCUUCUACAAAAAAAAUGGAGACUGGAGACCAUAGUUGAACCUUACCCAAAAUUGGUAUCCAUCUUUUCUUCAGCUUUCUCUGCCUUUGGCCUACUCAUGGGUAGAGUUUAGUUUACGAACCUAGGGGUGUCUAUAUGUGACCUACUACAUUUUCAACAGGUUUAAGGUGGGAAAAAAAUGAUCUUCUAAGGAAUUUUUAGCACCUAGCUUUCCUGUAUAAUAAGACUAGUUUCCUCAGUGUAUUAGACUUAUGUUCAGCAUUCCCUGUAUGAGAUUAUUUGUUUGUUUUUUUUAAUUAUUUGUACAAGGACAGACCAGGAAAACAUUGAAUUUUGACACAAAGUUGUGAUACGCAAGUGAAGACUGAUCACCACUGUGGCAAGUGCUGAUUUCAGCUCAAACACUUAGGGGCAGAUUUAUUAAGGGUCUGUUAAAACUCCCAUGAAAUU